UGUCGGCCGCUCUGCAGACCUCCCAGGGACGCUGGAGAGUCAAAAUGAAGGCGAUAAAAGGCAUCCUUCUCACCUGCGACUCGGCCGUGAAACAGAUCCUACUCACGAUGAACGAGAAAGAAAGCUUCAUCAUCGAGGACUUGGAUGACUACCACGUCGUCAUCAAGGCGGAUGAAGAAUGGCGAGUACGACGAGACCUAGAGGCUGAGCUGGAGAAGAACACGUACAGUUUGGAGUGAGGUUUUCCUCGCAACGUGUAGAUUCUCUGUACCGUACUGUCGUCCAUGCCAAUUCAAGACGGUUGUACAUGUACAAUCACAAAGUCAAUCUCAUGUAUGGAUAUUGAUGAGAGGU